UGUUUAGCCUUCACCUUUUCUCGUUCUUUCUUUCUUUCUUCCCAUUUUGGUGAAACCUCUUAUAUCAUCAUCCCAUGCCAAAAUCAACUGUCUCCCUGCAUGCUUUUCAAAUCUCAAACACCUCGGGAAGAGGUAGAUUAUAAGAAGGAGAGAGGUUAUUCGGGUCCUAAACGGGUCGACCCUAUUCCCCCUUCUCCUCUCUUUUCUUCUUCCCCUCUAUAAAUCCUAGCAAACGAAAAUUUCUUUUUCUUUGUACCGAAAACCAGAAAUCAAGAGUGAACUACACUAAGAGUUGAGCCAAUCUUUAACUUCAAGAUUUAGCCAGAGAAAGAAAGUGAACUACAGUAAGAGUUGAGCCAAUCUUCAGUUUUUUUUUUUUUUUAAGAUAUAGACAGAGAAAGAAAGUGAACAAGAAAAUGGUGAAACCAAUGGAGCAUGUAUUUAUCCCUCAUGACCUUCCUGAGUUUUUUAAGAUUUAUUACCCUGAAAUAUGCUAUCCGCAACUGAGAAUUCCACCUGCCUUUCUGAAGUUUUUCAAUGGAGAUAUUCCUUCGAUCGCUGUGCUUGAAGAUCUUGCGGCGAGAUCUUGGAAGGUUGCUGUGGAAAAGAAUGACUAUGAUUUAUUUUUCAAGGGAGGCUGGCCAGAUUUUGUGCAAGAAAAUAAUUUAGAAUUUGGAGAGUUUCUAACAUUUUCCUAUGCUGGAAACUCGAAGUUUUAUGUUAAAAUAUAUGGGAAAAAUGGCAGCUUGAAGCAGGACGUAAUUCCUAUCAAAGAGCCUGAGCUAGUUCCACUGGAUGAAGAAAAUGCGCAGGAGAAAGCUAUUGUAGCUCGGCCAGCUGAUCAAACACUUAAUGGAUCAGGUCACUUGGUUGCUUCAGUCACUUCAUUCGAAGUUGUCAUUAUGGCAUCCCACUUAAAAAGAGCACGCAUGAAUUUUCCUGCUACAUUUGGCAAUAGAUAUAGAUACUCGAAGAGGGAGCAACCACUUGUGGCUACUCUUCAAGUUGGCAGUGCUAGUUGGCCCGUUAAUGUUCUGUCCAAUGAUAGACUUGAAAUUCGGAAAGGGAUACGCAAAUUUAUACGCGAUAAUGCUUUGCGUGUUGGAGAUGUUUGCCGUUUUAAGCUGAUUGAUGAGGAGAAGUUCAUACUGAAAGUUCGCAUUAUGCGAUAGCCCAAGUAAAGUAGUCAUAAAAAUAUAGGCAAAAUCUCUGUGAUCAUUCAGCUUAAUGUUUGGGUAAAAUAUUUCUACUUGAGAGGGAGGUUGUAAUAGAAAGGUUGAUGUACCAGAAAUCUAAAUCAAUGAAUUUACAGCUAGCAUUCUAUCA